AUGAAUAACAAGCAGAACCGCGGCGCCGACGAGCGCACGCCUUUGGUCAACGGCGGAACCUCGUCGUCGGCCCAAGGCGACACCCUCUCGCGCCACCGCUCCGGCGCCUUCGCCUUCUUCUUUGACUCCAGGCACACGCCCGGCAACAACAGCGACCGUGUUGCCGUCAGGAGCCUCGCCUAUACCUGGCAUGUCACAAAGGUGACCCUCCUCAGCAACUAUGUCAACUUCCUUCUCGUCACCGUCCCAAUCGGCAUUGUGGCCGGCGCCUGCAAAUGGAACUCGACGGCCGUCUUCACCAUCAACUUCUUCGCCAUUAUCCCUCUCGCCGCCGUCCUCUCCUUUGCGACGGAGGAGAUUUCCAUGAAGCUCGGCGAGACCAUGGGAGGACUCCUCAACGCCACCUUUGGCAACGCCGUCGAGUUGAUUGUCAGCAUUGUUGCCCUUAAAGAUGGCCAGAUCGAGGUGGUCCAGUCCUCGAUGCUGGGUUCCAUCCUGUCCAACCUCCUGCUCGUCAUGGGAAUGUGCUUCUUCUUCGGCGGUCUGGUGCAUCGCAGUCAGAACGGAUUGGGCAUCGAACAGAACUUCUCGGCCGCCGUCGCCCAGACUACUUGCUCCCUCAUGACCCUCUCCUCGGCGUCCCUCGUCAUCCCCGCCGCUCUUUACGGCGUCCUCAACCAGCGAGGCUCCAACGAAAAGGACAGCAGCAUUCUUGUCCUCUCGCGAGGCACGGCCAUCAUUCUCCUAGUGCUCUAUGUGCUCUACCUGGUCUUCCAGCUGCGAACUCACAGCAACCUCUUCGAUGCCGAGAGGCAAGCCGCCGAUGACGACGACGAAGAAGAAGAUGAGCCUUGCAUGGGUGCCGUGGCUGCCGCUGUUGUCCUUGUCGUCGUGACCGUCCUCGUCGCCAUCUGCGCCGAUUACCUAGUCGGAAGCAUCGAUGACAUCGUCGAAAGCGCCCACAUCAGCAAAGCCUUUAUCGGUUUGAUCCUCAUUCCCAUUGUGGGCAAUGCUGCCGAGCACGUGACGGCCGUCGUCGUUGCUCUACGCGACAAAAUGGACUUGGCCAUGGGCGUUGCUAUCGGCUCCUCGAUCCAGAUCGCUCUUGGCGUCACCCCCUUCCUGGUCAUUGUUGGCUGGAUUAUCGGACAGGACAUGACGCUUCACUUCGAGACUUUCCAAACAGUCGCCUUCGCGGUGUCGGUGCUGGUCGUAACGUACACUGUCCAAGAUGGCAAGUCCAAUUACCUCGAAGGUGCCAUGCUCCUCGGCCUCUACAUCAUUAUUGCCGUCGCCUUUUUCGCCACACCCACCGGCGUCAUGGACACGGUUACCAGCCUGGUCAAAAACUAG